GUCGCCAGAGUCGGACCCGCAGCCGCCGAGCCCGGGACCUCCAGCAUCAUGUCAUCUGAGAAGACCUUCAAGCAGCGCCACACCUUCCAACAAAGAGUAGAAGACGUGCGACUCAUCCGUGAGCAGCAUCCCACCAAGAUCCCGGUGAUAAUAGAAAGAUACAAGGGUGAGAAGCAGCUGCCUGUGCUGGACAAGAUCAAGUUCCUUGUGCCCCACCGCGUCAACAUGAGCGAGCUCAUCAACAUAAUCAGGAGGCGCCUGCACCUCAACGCAAACCCGGCCUUCUUCCUCUUGGUGAAGGUGAGCGUGUCCACGCCCGUGUCGGAGGUGUACGAGAGGGAGAAGGACGAGGACGGCUUCCUGUACAUGGUGUAAGCCUCCCAGGAGACG